UUUCGUUCAGAACCCUGAAAUGGGCCUUAAACAAUGAAAGCAUGAAAUUUAUGGACAUUUGAUUCAUUUAGCUUAGUGCUUGAAAUCCUUCCAGAUGACAAGUGAUACAGCAAACACCAAUGCUGAGAUAUGCAAAGCCACUGAUAAAUCAGCUGAAGAGGCCCAGCCUUUCUUUUCCCAAACUUUCACUCAUUUGUUACAAGUUGCUUCAGUCUAUGGAGUUGCAGCUGGAUACUGCAUCUCUGCAUCUUUGUUGUCUAUAAUCAACAAAUGGGCAGUCAUCAAAUUCCCCUACCCUGGAGCCCUGACGGCAUUGCAGUAUUUCACGAGCACUGCCGGCGUCGUUGUUUGUGGGCAGCUCAAGCUCCUGGAGCACGAUCCCCUCGAUCUUCGAAAAAUGUGGAGCUUCUUGCCAGCUGCUGUGAUGUUCUAUAUUUCUCUCUUCACAAACAGUGAGCUUCUCCUCCAUGCGAAUGUCGAUACUUUCAUUGUUUUCAGGUCGGCCGUACCCAUAUUCGUCGCCAUAGGAGAGACCCUCUUCCUGAAGCAGCCAUGGCCUUCUCUGAAAACCUGGCUUUCUCUCUCGACGAUCUUCGGAGGCAGCAUUAUCUACAUCACGACUGAUUAUCAAUUCACAGUGACCGCCUACAGUUGGGCCUUGGCCUACCUGGUGAGCAUGUCUAUAGAUUUUGUGUACAUAAAGCAUGUGAUCAUGACCAUAGGGUUGAACACAUGGGGCCUGGUUCUUUACAAUAAUCUCGAGGCCUUACUUCUCUUUCCCCUCGAGUUCUUGAUCAUGGGGGAGUUGCAGAAGAUGAAGCAUGAUAUCUCAGAGGACUUGCACUGGUACUCACCUGGUGUGGUUACACCAGUGGGUUUGUCUUGUCUCUUUGGGCUUUCCAUCUCUUUCUUUGGGUUCUCUUGCAGAAGGGCUAUAUCAGCUACUGGUUUUACUGUUUUGGGCAUUGUGAAUAAGCUGCUCACUGUUGUAAUAAACUUGAUGAUUUGGGAUAAGCACUCAACAUUUAUUGGGACUUUUGGGCUCUUGAUUUGCAUGUUUGGAGGAGUUCUCUAUCAACAGUCCACUAGUAAGCCUUCUUCGCCCUGUAAGUUGCCGACUGAGAAGGCCGGUGAUGGAGAGGAGAAGAAAUUGCUUGCAGAAAUGGAGACAGAAGAAUCACAUGAUAUAGAGCAGCAACCUGGUUCAGAAGAGAAGCAGUAACAUAUG